UCCAGGUGAGGAGGAGAAGGAAGGCAGCGUGAUGGUGGAGUUUGAUGAUGGAGACAGAGGAAGGAUCUCCCUCACAAACAUCAGGCUCCUGCCACCAGGAUACCAAAUCUGCUGUGUUGAACCCUCUCCAGCUCUUCUGAUCUCACCUGGUUUCCGCGGACGAAGAAGCUCCACCCAGGAGAGGAAAGAAACACCCACAGAGAAACCGGCCAAUGAGGAGACAGCAGGAAGGCCCCAAGAGAAACGACCAGUUGGCAGACCGAAGAAAGUCCACUCUGUGCCAAAGACAUCGAACACGGCGACAUCAGUAACGGAUACCGUAACCAAAGGCAACACUUCCUUGUUGAACUGGUCUGCGCCCAAGAAGCGACCUCCGGUUGACUUCUUCCUCUUCAACGGGACGUCCCGUAAGACCCAGAGGAGGAGAGAGCGAGACCUGGGGAUGUUUCACCGGCCCUCCCACCUCCUCGCUCCGCCAACGCCAUUUAAAGGCAUCUUCGGCUCCCCUUUUGCAGGAGACUCCUUCAGCAGCAUCGCCAACAGCUACUCCACCUCCAGGAGCUCUGGAUCGGGGCGACCUGGCUCUUCUGGACCCUCCAUGGGGGUCUCGUCCUCUACCUGCUCCCCAUCAGUAAACAUGGCUUCUAACAACAGGCAUCCGGCGAGCGAACGCGACAGAAAGCAGUUCCUGGUGAAGCUCGAUCACGAAGGAGUGACCUCGCCCAAAACAAAGAAUGGAAAGGCGCUACAACGACUUGGAGGGAAAGGGGAUACAAGUCCGGCCUCUGCAGGAGUGCCGCUGCGAUACAUCCACCCUGCCAUGGUGGUGAAAGAUGGGAAGAAGUCAGGAGGAGAGAAAGAUAUCACCGGGGUCCGAUCUGAGGGGGUUUCAAAGGGAUCUCCACCUCUGAGGAAGGAUCUCCAGGCUGCAGGUCUCGGAGUCCAAGAAGGGGAUUUGGACUACCAGAGCGACUGCCCCAGCUCUUACUCUGAGCUCGAUGAGGAAGACGAGGAUGAAGGUCAGGAUGCCGAAGCUCCACGGAGAAGUACAGGGGACGCAUCCCAACGUGGAAGCCGAUUUCUCUCCCGUCUCUCCGCCUGCUUCUCCUCGUCAUCCUCGUCUUCUUCCUCCUCCGGGUCCAUCUCCUCGUCGUCCCUCUGCUCGUCAGAAAACGACUCCUCUUACUCAUCGGAUGAAGAGUCGUCCGCCGUGCUGCUGCGACGCGCCUUACUCCAGCAGGACAAACACAAACACAGACAAAACGUGACCUCUGACCUCCUGAACCCUGACUCCGCCCCCUCCAGCUCCUCACCCUCAGCUCCCUAUAGGGCCAAAGGUAGCAUCUCGGGGUCAAAAGUGAGGAGUGAAGACAGGAAGGAGUUGAUGUCAAAAGGAGGUCUGGUGGCUAACAGUAGCACGGCUAAGGCCCAGCUGAAGAGGAAGGACAGAGGGUCCAGCAGCCACCAUCAGAGGCAGAGCAGCCCAGGGAGCCAGCUGCAGAAAUCUUCCUCCAAGGACCCGGCAAAGCGGCAGCGCAUGUCUUCACCUGAGCCUCUGCCCAGCCUGGCACCUCUUCUGCCUGGACGCCAGCUCUGGAAAUGGUCCGGAAACCCCACACAGAGGAGAGGUCUGAAGGGUAAAGCCCGCAAGCUUUUCUACAAGGCCAUCGUGAGGGGCAAGGAGACGGUGCGUGUCGGUGACUGCGCGGUGUUUCUGUCACCCGGCCGGCCCCAGCUGCCCUACGUGGGCCGGGUGGAGAGCCUCUGGGAGUCCUGGAGCUCCAGCAUGGUGGUCAGGGUCAAGUGGUUCUACCACCCGGAGGAGACCCGCCUGGGGAAGCGACACCGCGAUGGCAAGAAUGCAUUGUAUCAAUCGAGCCACGAGGAUGAGAACGAUGUUCAGACCAUCUCCCAUCGCUGCCAGGUGGUCAGCAGGGUAGAGUACGAUCACCUGACGCGUGAACGUAAGCCCGGCAGCGCGGCCAACGACUUCUUCUACCUGGCGGGGUCCUACGAACCCACCACGGGUCAGCUGAUCAGCGCGGACGGCAUGGCCAUCGUGUCCUAGCACCUCCAGCUAGAGAGAAAUCCAAAAAUGUCUAACCUACAUUCUGGAUCCUGCUUCCAGACCGAAGCUAGGGACGGAGGGAAACCAAGACAAAGAGUUCUGACUCUGCGUGUUGAUCUGUCCCUCGAAGAGAAGGAGCUGGCCACACUGGAUAAAGCCUGACAGUACUGGCACUAAGAGGUUUUGUUCUGGGGAAAAGUCUGAUCCGUGACAGGUUCAACCUCUUUAUCAGAUGUGGACCGAGGCUCCUUGUUGUCGGCAGCCUUCCCUGUGGCUGAAAUAACAGAGGAUAUCGUCGACAAGGAAACUAAAGAACCAAGGACAUGAGCACUUUGGAGUUACGGUCGCUUGGAUAUACUACGGCGGGAGUCUAAAACAAAGACUGACUCUGAGACUUACUGUAAGCCGCACUGGUUUGGAGGGUUUUUAAUGGUCUUAUACUGGUAGUUUGACAAUUGGGAGAUCCCCAACAGGACCAAAAAAACACUGUAGUUCGGACUUUGUGUGUGAGAGUGUGAAUGUGUGUUUGCAGAGUGACUGCGAUGACCCUGUUUGGCAUUUAAUGAGCUCUAAGUAAAUAGUGCUUUAGCGGUGAGUGUGUUUGUACUGAAUGUGUGGCACGUGUUCAUCCGCGCUCAUCAGGCAGGGAUGACGUCUCGGCAGUUUAUCUGGAACUUUCUGAAUAUGAAUCUGUCCCGUAAUAAACGUGCAGUCCUCAGAAAACCGGAAUUUCUUCUCCUGUCAAGCCAUACACGUCAAUACCUCUCUCUCUCAUACCCACCUAUUGCGGGUGCGGAGACACAUGUACAGGUAGUUGGAUUGUUUAUUUGAGAUGUGUGUGUGCAUGGGCGCUUGUGUGUGCGCGCUUUGUACAGCAUCAUGUAUAAUAUGACAUGUUGUAAAUAGUAUACAUAUAUAUUUGUUUUUUUUGUUUUCUUUUGCAGAGAUUAUUUUAUUUACGUUUUUUUAGGGUGUGUGUGGGUGGGAUCGGGGGGGUUUUGACAGAGGGAGGGUUAGUGUCCUUCUCUCUCAAUGCACUGAACAGGAUUGGAGAUUCGGGGUCAAACUGUACAACUGAUGUGAAGACUUUAAAUAUGUAGAAAGGGUGUUUGGGAAAUGUUUUUCUAAG